AUUGUGUAUAUUACCUAUACUGUAUACAUAUAUUAACUAGGUGUAAUGUGUAUACAAAUUAAAUUUGUCCAGAAAGUUGGGAUUUGUCACAGACUGUUAUUUCAAAUAAAAACGACUGUUAAUCAAAUUUAAAAACAAAGCAGCAACGUUAAUAAAUCGUAGCGAGUUAUGAAAGUUUUGAAAUAUAAUUAAAAUAAAGAAAUUUGCCGUUUGGUUUAAUUUCUCGUGGGGUUCUUGACGAACAAUUAUCAAUAUGGAUAACGAUUUCAAAGAUGAUAUUAUUGAUCUCACGGGCUCUAUGACAUGUGCUCUUCAAUGUACAUUGUCUAAUGUAGUUAUAGACCUGGUUACAACUGAUGAAUCAUUUUAUGAUUCUUCUGUAGAUGCAGAUUUAUCACAAAGUCCAGUGAAAUUAAAAAGUUGUAAACGCAAAGGUAAUUCCCAGUGUGCUGAUAUACCACCAAAGAAAAAAUCUGAUGGCUACAAGAACAAAUCAAAUUCAUUUGGUGAAUGCCCUAUAUGUUGGGAGGCUUUGGGUAAAAACCCUUUGGCAUCAACAAAAUGUGGGCAUGUAUAUUGUAUGAAAUGUAUAGAAAGAUCCUUACAAAGUGAGAAAAAAUGUCCAACAUGCCGAAGUAGCUUGAAAGGAAAAGCAGCUUACCAUCCUUUAUACUUAUCUAAAAAUUGACACUGAAGUUCAAAAAUACAUUAAUGGGUAGAAAACUGUAAAUAAAUAUUUUUGUAAUUUUGUUGAAACACUUUUGACGUAACUUGUUGAUGGCUAUCACUCAUAAAGUCUAGGAUAAUUGUUUCCUUGUUAGAAGUUUGACUGAUGAAUUGAUUUUUGAUAUCAAUUUUCUUUAAUUCCCAUUGAAACUUAGACUGAGGGCUCUCAAAGUGUGUCACUUUAUAUGUUUUAAUUGCUGCCUGUUGGUACAAAUCUGAGUUAAUAACUUAGGAACAAAAGAAAAUAGGAUCUGUGAACUUAUAAACAAAAAACACUAUACUAAAGCAUUGGUAAUUUUGGUAUCUUCAAUAAUAUGGGGAAUUUUUUGUUACAAUGUAGUUUUACUCUUUUUGUAAUUAUUUUGCCUCAUGAUAAAAGAAAUUUUCACUAUAUA